UGUUUGACUUCUUUUGCUAUCAGCCAUGGAUUCCUCACUCAUUCUCAGACAACAACAACAACAAACACCAAGAUCCUAUGUGAUUCUCCGAAAUUCCGAUCAUUUGAUCGGGGAGUUAAGAUUUCAUCAGAUACCCAUUUCUCUCCGACAAAGAAUGAGCUCGAAAUCAACGAGUUUGGUCUCCAGAACUCGCCAAACCAUCACUGCAAAGAAUAAGAGUUUAGAAGGCGUGAGCGAAGAGCUGAACAUGCUUGCCUCCCAAGACUUGAGUCAAGCUCCUGCAAGGAGGCGCGUUAGGUCUGCUUUCGUUGAUGUGCAGUUGCAUCUCGAUCAUGUCUUAUUUAAGAUGGCUCCUCCAGGGAUAAGGACAGAGGAGUGGUAUGAGGUGAAUUCAAAGGGUUUUGAGAUAUUCUGCAAGAGCUGGUUGCCAAAAGCUGGUAUUCCCAUUAAAGCUGCUCUCUGUUUCUGCCAUGGAUAUGGUGAUACUUGCACAUUCUUCUUUGAAGGGAUCGCAAGGAGAAUUGCUGCUUCCGGGUAUGGAGUUUAUGCAAUGGACUACCCAUAUUUUGGACUAUCUGAGGGUUUGCAUGGCUACAUCCCAAGCUUUGAUGAAUUAGUUGAUGAUGUUAUUGAACAGUAUUCAAACAUCAAAGCAAGGCCGGAAGUGGUCGGAUUGCCUCGUUUCAUCAUGGGGCAAUCCAUGGGAGGAGCUGUUACCCUCAAGGUUCAUCUAAAGCAACCACAUGAAUGGGAUGGGGUGAUUCUUGUUGCCCCAAUGGCCAAAAUUGCAGAGGAUGUGACACCCCCAGCCGCAGUUCUGAAGGUCCUAGCUCUUAUGUCUAAAGUUAUACCUGAAGCAAAGCUCUUCCCACAAAAAGAUUUAGCAGAACUGGCAUUCAGAGAUGCGAGGAAAAGGAAAAUGGCUGACUUCAACGUGAUCUCGUACUCUGAUCAAAUGAGAUUGAGGACUUCUGUUGAACUUUUGAAGGCCACUCGAGACAUUGAAUUACAGUUGGAGAAGAUCUCGUCUCCAUUACUAGUUCUUCAUGGAGCAGCUGAUAAGGUCACAGACCCCUUAGUGAGCAAGUUUCUUUAUGAAAAGGCUUCUAGCAAGGACAAAACAUUAAAGCUCUAUGAAGAAAGUUAUCACUCCAUAUUUGCAGGGGAGCCCGAUGAUAGGAUUCUUGAAGUCUUAGAUGAUAUUGUUUCAUGGCUUGAUUGUCAUUGUGCUUUGAAGUAGUUCUGUUUAGGGUUAGUUACUUGUUCUGUUCCCAUUUGUUUGGUAUUAUGUUUAUUGAUUCUGUAUCAUUAAUUUCCUUUGCUCAAAAUAUUUGAUGUAUUUCAUUUUUUAAAUAUUCUGAGUAAAGUUGUAAGUAGCAC